UGUAGUUUACUUUCUGUUCUAUCCGCUCUCAUUUGACACCAUGUUUGCUCGCGGCUUCUUUUUACUGCUGUGUGUAUAUCUAUUAUUUUCAAAAACAGAUGCUUACUAUGGCUAUGGUUUAAUACGUUGCCAGACUACUUCUUCUUCUGAUAUCAUUUAUCUGGAACAAAUCUACUUUAACAAGAAGUUAGUUGCCCAGUACAACAGCACCUUGGGAAAAUUUGAGGGCUACACAAAAUAUGCAAAGGAAAUUGCCGACCAACUCAACAAAAACCUUGCGUUUAUGAAACAAGAAGAAAAGAAUACAAUGAAAUGCACAAGUAAUGCACCUCUGAUGGAUGUUUUGCUUUCAAAAACAGUUGAGCCCAGUGUCAGGCUGCAGUCUGUUGAGGCAGUGGACAGCAGACAUCCUGUCAUGCUUGCAUGCAGUGUGUACAACUUUUAUCCCAAAGUAAUCAAAGUGACGUGGCUGAAGGAUGGACAGACAGUGACAUCUGAUGUGACGACCACUGAUGAGCUGCCCAACGGGAACUGGCUCUACCAAAUGCAUUCCCAUCUGGAGUAUACGCCCACACCUGGAGAGAGAAUCACCUGUAAAGUGGAGCAUGCCAGCUUCAGCGAGCCCAAACUUUAUCACUGGGACCCCAUGUCUGAGUCGCAGAGGGAAAAGAUUGCCGUUGGGGCAGCAGGGCUUGUGCUGGGAGUUGUCAUUUUACUUGCUGGGGCGAUUUACUACUACAACAACACACCUGGUCGAGAGUUAGUGCCAACAAAUGACGAAAAUAUUUGUAACCCCAACCCUGAAACGACAGAGGAAUAAAAACAUUAAGUGAAGUAAAUCACACAGCUCUUUGGACAAAAGAGCUUUUCUCUCCUUUUAAAGGAGAGUGAUAUGCUGUAACUCUGCAGGAGUCGUAUUGAGUAAGUGUCACAGGGUUCUCCUGCAAAUCCUCAAUGUAACCAAAGAUGAUGGCGUAGUCUACUGAUGUUGUGUUUCUCUUUUUAUUUGUCCUACCCAAGGUGCACACCGUGAAAAAUAUUUACAGGUGAAAAUCAAAAAAUAUGAAAAUUGUCCAAAAAACCUAAGUCUCAAUCAAAACAAUUGAAUUCAGUUGUGAGCAAAAAUAGGUGUUACCUCCUCUGUAACCCAAUAUAUACUGCCUGAGUGGGAGGUCUUUAUAUAGGUCCUCUGCCCCUCCCAUCAAAACAUAAAUUAUCCAAAAAUCACAAUAAAUGAACACAAGCAUGAUUACUAUAACAAACAACCCAAAUGAAAAUAAAGCCAAAAUAUUUCCCAAAUUAACAGUGCCACAAUAAUUAUUGUCCCCACCUUUAAUAAACAAUAUUAAUAGACAAUUGAUAGAACUACAAAAAGUGACGUCACACUAAGCGUCCCGCCAUCGUCGUCAUUUAAGUGUGCCGCUGACGUAAACAAUGUUUGGAAUGCUGCCAACGCAAACUGAGGAUGAGGGUGAAGUAAGUUUUUACCAAGUUAAAUGUUAACAGGAUGGUUAUGUAGGAGCGGCUAUUGUGCACCAUCGACGGUCUACAAAUGUUGCUGAAAGUGGCAAAGCAGUUGGGUAUGUGUAUGCGUCUGUCUGUGCGCUCCAUCAGCGAGUGUGUGGCGGCAUGUGUGUGUGUGUGUGCGUGUGCGUGUGUGCGCGCGCGGGGGCUGUAUAUCUUGCAUAUUAAAGCGUGCACUUUAAUAGAAGGUGAGUGACUGGCCUCGGUUGUGUAAUAUAUAAGUGACAGUAGUGUCAAUGACACUGAAUAAUAUAGAUUGAAUGUUCUGUGUGAUUAAUGUAAAGUGCAAUCACAUUGUAUUUUAAAUUGUAGCAAAUACAGUUCUCACUUUGUCCAUGAUGGUCUGAUUUAAAUGAAGGUAAUUAACUAUAAUUUACUCAGAAUCUUUUACUGAUUUGCACAUCUUGUAGUUUUCAAUGUUGAUACACUGCACUGUGGUUCUCUUCUCUAUGAAUUAAACUUUUAUGGUGGAUCAUGCGGUUGAAAGUAAUAAAAUUUGAAAAGGUAAA